UGCAUGUGCAUGUGGGUCCCCUGGAUCUGCCACUUAAAAAGUAAUCAUCGUCAAUUCGACCAUCAAUGGCGUGCUCAGUCGACAUCGGCUCAGACGCUCAGUGGUAUUAUGAUUCACAGAAAAGACACAUGCUAGCGCAUCAACUUAAAUUGGACUACUACAUCUAUAAAAUGGACACCCUCCAACGAGUUAACCCGUUUUGCUCGGGUCACCAGUGGCCAUUCAUCACGGAAAGCCGGACAAAUUUGGAGCAAGUACUGCAUUGAUUAAAGCCGCCCAUUCUGCUGCAUUUGUCCGUACUAAGUGCUAAGCACUCGGCUACCCAUAAUACCCAUCUACCCAAGAUUACCUCUCAUUCCCGCCACCGAGUUCGAUCAUGCUUUCGACAGCAAAGCGUAUUGGCAAUAGAAUUAUCGGAAAUCCCGACCAGACAGUAACCACAAUCUCCUCCGAGACCUAUUUCAAGGGCAUUGUAAAGGAUCCAAGUCAUAAGGCGGCGAGUUACUUGGCCAGUCUUUUCCCGAUUCUUGGAUGGAUAUCCCGAUACAAUUUGGGAUGGCUUACUGGUGACCUUAUUGCUGGUCUUACCGUAGGAAUUGUGCUAGUGCCACAGGGAAUGUCAUAUGCAAUACUUGCAUCGCUUCCUGCACAGUACGGUCUGUAUUCAUCCUUCAUUGGCGUUCUUACGUAUUGCUUCUUUGCGACUUCGAAAGAUGUCUCUAUCGGACCAGUAGCAGUUAUGUCGCAAACCGUGGCUCAAAUCAUCAUUGCUGUAGAUGACCAGUACCCUGGUAAAUGGAGUGGCCCACUGAUAGCCACCACAAUAGCUUUUGUCUGUGGAUUUAUCGUACUUGGGAUUGGUCUCUUGCGUCUCGGCUGGAUUGUCGAGUUCAUACCCAUACCAGCAGUCAGCGGAUAUAUGACUGGAUCUGCGAUCAAUAUAGUUGCAGGUCAGGUUCCUGCCCUUAUGGGUAUCACCGGGUUCAGUACUCGAGCUGCCACGUACAAAGUUAUUAUCAAUACUCUCAAGGCACUCCCCCAUACGAAACUAGAUGCCGCCUUUGGUCUCACAGGCCUUUUUUCGCUCUACGCAAUUCGUAUCGCUUGUAAUCAAUUAUCCAAACGAUAUCCUAGACGAGCCCGACUUUUCUUUUUCAUUUCAGUUACAAGGAAUGCUUUUGUGGUAAUAGUGUUGACCAUAGCAUCUUGGCUGUACUGCCGACACCGUAGAACUGCCUCCGGUAAAUAUCCGAUUGCCAUUCUACAAACUGUUCCCGCAGGGUUCCAAGAUGUGGGCCUCCCUGUUAUCAACAGCGAGCUCGUCAAAGCCCUUGGGCCACAGAUUCCUGUCGCUACCAUUAUUCUCGUUCUUGAGCACAUCGCCAUUGCCAGAUCAUUUGGACGGAUAAACGGAUAUAAAAUCAAUCCCAACCAAGAGCUCAUCGCUAUCGGCGUCACGAAUACGCUCGGCACUAUAUUCCAUGCAUAUCCCGCUACAGGGUCAUUUUCCCGUUCUGCUUUGAAGUCGAAGUCAGGCGUGCGAACUCCUUUGGCUGGUGUUGUCACUGCGAUAGUUGUCAUUGUUGCCCUCUAUGGCCUUACCCCAGCCUUUUACUGGAUCCCUAGCGCUGGGCUUUCAGCAGUCAUUAUUCACGCGGUCGCUGAUCUUGUCGCAUCACCUUCCCAAGCAUACUCUUACUGGCGCGUUUCUCCCCUCGAGUUUAUCAUUUGGUUGGCCGCAGUCCUGGUCACUGUCUUUUCGACUAUUGAGGACGGCAUCUACACCUCCAUCUCCGCAUCAUUUGUCUUACUUCUGAUCCGCAUUGCACACCCCAGGGGAUAUUUCCUUGGGAAAGUUACUCUCACAAGUGACUCGACUGAGUCACGAGAAGUCUUCGUUCCGUUGCCCAAGGAUGGCGUAACAAAUCCAUAUGUCAAAGUUGACCCUACCACUCCGGGCGUGAUCGUUUACCGCUUCGAAGAAAGCUACCUAUACACCAACUGCGCUAUCAUCAACUCCGUCAUUGUCGAUUACGUGAAGGAGAAUAUGAGACGUGGGAUUGACUUCAGCACGAUAAAAAUGGCCGAUCGUCCCUGGAACGAUCCCGGACCAACUCGUGGCAACUUUCAGACUGCAGAGGCAACCAAUAAUGAAAAACCUGUUCUUCAUGCCAUUGUGUUAGACUUCUCCGGAGUGUCUCAUAUCGACACCACGGCUGUCCAAGCUCUCAUAGACACGCGGACUGAGGUCCAGAGAUGGGCAGACCGUCCUGUAGAGUUCCAUUUUGCUACCAUCCUGUCACCCUGGAUCCGCCGUUCUCUCAUAGCCGCAGGUUUCGGCAUCGGUACCCCAGCAGUCGAGUACUCUAUAGAAAUCGCACCUGUUGUACCCUACCGUGGCGGUCGCCGCGAGAAAUGGUGGGAAGAUGCCUCCAGCCCAGGCAUUGAAGAUAUCGAGACCCACAGCGAGUCUCUUCCUCCUACUUCAGGAACAGUGCCCAUUGUUCCCAUAGAAACCCCAUUCUUCCAUUUCGAUCUCACUAGCGCUGUCCGCGCUGCGGAGGCUGGUGUAGAGAAAUCUGGCGAGAGAGCUGAAACUCCACCGGCGAAAUAUAUCUGAUUAGUUUAAGUUGAACAGUCUUAAGAUUGUGUAACUACACGGAAGGGCACUCACUUGCAAUAUGUACAGUCACGCGGUAUGCACUAGUAUAUUAAGACCUUGUAAUCUAGAUAUUCUAUGCCGAUGAGCAUCACGACGUUUAUUGGAA